AUGACUACGGAACCCCACCCUUCUAACAUAGAAGGGUGUGCUUCUGAGGUCACAAAAAGGAGGAAGAAGCGCGACGACCUAGCGCAGAUAAAAGAUGGUGGGGACUUCCAAUACAGUGACGUGGAGAUCAACAGUUGGAUAAAAUAUAGGCAUGUUCUGGUCCCUUCUGGAUGUUUCAACAUUGACACGGGAAAGACUUGGAGUUAUGCUGCAGGACCAAAGUCCCUCUUUGGACAAAGUGUGAUGCAGUACAAGGACAAUUUAGAGAAAGGGGCAGGGUCAAGCAACCCCUGGUGUUUCAUAUCCAAUUGUGUCCCAAACCAGAAAAUCGAAUGGUACUCUGUGUAUAGUUUGGUGAUGGAGCAGAACAAGCCGAAUAACUUGUUUGGCAAAAAGGAAGAUCUAAAAAAUACUGUACACGGAGCAGACAGGAAGACUUACUGUGAGCUGCUCUACACCACACGGCACGACACAGGUCACAGCUACAUCCCAGAACUCCCUCACUGGAGCGCAGAACAGGGGGCGGGGCCAGAACGGACAGUACACCAGAUGGACCAGAAGUCUUCAACGCUGCUUCUCUGCAGGGACGCAUCUCUCCCCAUCCUGCCUGCACUAGCAGCAGCCGUGCGGGCUGGACACGGGUGCCAGAUCAGCAGUAACAUGAUGGAAAUAAAGAACGAUCCCAAGAAAAUGAAUAACUAUAUUAAUGAAAACAGUAACAACAAUAAUAACAACUAUGAUGAAGGUGGAACGGAGAUUGCCGUAGUCCUCGAUGGCUCAGGGAGCAUAAACGGAACUGACUUCCAAAAAGCAAAAAAAUUUAUAUUGAAUUUGAUGACAAAAAUAUGGGAAAAAUGUUCUGAGUGUGAGUUUGCUGUUGUCCAGUAUGGGAACGUGAUCCAGACAGAAUUUGACAUUCAGGACAGCCGCAGAGACAGCAGCUAUAUCCUACAAAAAGCUGAAAACAUUGAACAAGGUUUAAAAUGUUUAAAACAUUUUGAAAUUGUAUCCAACUCUUACAAUCCACUAUGCAUCAGCAUAUGUCUUUCAGCUGGUACUAAAGGUGAUUCCCUGGAGUUUGAUUUGGCACAAAUUGGAUUUGCAGCUCAUAUAAAAGACAAGGAUACGGUGGUGCUUGGAGCAGUUGGUACCUUUGAUUGGUCAGGUGGUUUGAUGAUUGCAAGCACAGAGACACAGAAAGUCACAUUUCUCAAUGAUUCCUCUGAAGAUGCAACAAGAGCAGCGUAUGGAUAUUUAGGAUACAGUGUGACCACAGCAAAAGGAAAGCACACAUUCCUUUACAUAGCGGGUGCGCCACGGCACUCCAAUGUGGGAAAAGUCCUGGUCUUUGAGGAAGAUAUUACUACUCAUCACCUAUCUCAGAUUCUGGUUGGAGAGCAGGUUGGAUCAUACUUUGGUCAUCAGCUGUGUGCGCUGGAUGUGAAGUCAGAUGGCAUUGUGAAUUUCCUUCUGGUGGGGGCACCAUUCUACCAUGUCAAAGCAGAAGAAGGAAGAGUCUACGUUUACAGGCUCACUGAUGAGGGUAAAUUUUCUUUGCAUUUUACACUGUAUCAACAUCACUAUUCUUAUGCAAGGUUUGGCUACUCUAUAGCUAAGAUUGGCGAUGUCAACCAAGAUGGAUACCAGGACAUUGCUAUAGGAGCACCUCUAGAAGGCAAAUUUGAAGAACCAGAAUCAUUUGGAAGUGUUUAUAUCUACAACAGCAAUGCAGAUAGCAUCAAUACCACUCCUUCCCAGAGAAUAAGAGCUACUGACUGUAGGCAAAAGUUGCAAUUCUUUGGCCAGUCAGUAGAUGGUGGCCUUGAUCUUACUGAAGAUGGAUAUACAGACAUAGCAGUGGGAUCCUUAGGAAACGUUAUGGUACUUCGAUCUCGACCGGUAGUAAAAGCAAAGGCCACGCUGCAGUUCCAGCCUGAAAAGAUCCCUCUUUCCUAUGCAGAUAAAAUUGUAAUUGCCUCUCUGUGCUUUGACAUUACACCUUUCGAGAAAUUAGAAUUUAAAAAAACCUAUCUUUAUUAUGAACUGGAGCUUGAUGUCUUCAUUGAAGAAAAAAGAAUUGCCUUCAAUACUGAAAGUUCCAGCAGAGGAAAACUCUACCUUUUGAGUGACAGAUGUACAAAGCCUAUUAACUUGACUGUAUUGCAUUGUAGCUAUAACUGUUUCACCAGUAUUGGGAUUAAGGUCUCCUAUUCCAUGACAGCCACUGAACAAAACCGAGAUCUCCCAUCACCUGUACUGGACUUCUAUAACACAAAUUACACAUUCAUUGAGCUACCUUAUGAAAAGGACUGCAAUAACAAGUCAGUAUGCACUCCAGUUUUACAUCUGACCACAACGAUGUCUCGCCAGGAACUCAUUGUUGGAUACACCAAAGACUUAACAAUGACACUUCAACUGAACAAUACUGGGGAUGAUUCAUACAUGACAACCGUAACAUUAAUAUAUCCCAAGAAUCUGCAAUUUAAUACAAUUAAACUGGCUAAUAAUUUCAGUGUUAAAUGCUAUGAACAGAAAAUUCCCAAUUUAUAUAACUCUACACUGAACUGCCAAAUUCAACAUCCUGUCUUUAAAUCUGGCAACGAGAAAUUUGACAUCAUCUGGCAACUGAGUGAAGAAAGGUUUUCAGCAGCUGAAGCAAUCAUUUAUUCUAUAGUUAGCAAGCAACCCAAUGCACUUUAUGUGAAGAUCCCUCCUGAGUCACCGAUAGAAGAAGAGAUCGAGUUCACGUUUAAUAUAAACGGAGAGAAUCAGUAUGACGCUGAACUGAGCCUAGAGAUACAGAUCCCCAUUACGAUGAAAAGUAAAACUAUUUCUGCAAUAAGUCAGCCUGAGAAAAUCCAGAAUUCAACACUGUGUAAACUUGAAAACCAGAAAUGCCGUUGUAGAAAUGCAUCCAGAAAAUAUAAAGAAGAAGAUCUAACAUGUCUGGUUAUCCAAUGCAACAUCUAUUCAGUGCAGGAGGAGAUAAAAGUUAAAGCAAAGCUUUUCUUACAGACCCUGCAGAAGUUAGUAGAAGACACACAAGAACUAAACAUUACAGGUGAACUUCUAUAUAACAAAGACUUAUUUGUAAAUAUAAAGGACCCAGAACUCCAUAAACAGAUGACUGUUACUAUUCUUAAAGAGAAAGUAGUGAAUAUUUUGCCAGUAAUCAUUGGAAGUUCCAUUGGGGGCAUUCUUCUCUUAAUGAUCAUUGUUGUGAUACUUGUCAAGUGUGGUUUCUUUAAAAGAAAAUACAAACAACUUGACCCAAACCAGUACUGA